AUGACCCUCCCUCACCCUCUCUCACGACCCUCCCUCAGCCUCUCCACGACCGUCCCUCACCCUCUCCCUCCCUCUCCACGACCGUCCCUCACCCUCUCCCUCCCUCUCCACGACCCUCCCUCCACCCUCUCCACGACCCUCCCUCACCCUCUCUCACGACCCUCCCUCAGCCUCACCCUCUCCAUGACCCUCCCUCACCCUCUCCACGACCCUCCCUCACCCUCUCCACGACCCUCCCUCACCCUCUCCACGACCCUCCCUCACCCUCUCUCACGACCCUCCCUCACCCUCUAA